AUGUUUAAGUCUUUUCCUUUUUCUCUCUCUUUCUCUCUCUCUCUCUCUCUCUCUUUUUUCUAUAUAUCUAUCUUAUGCCUGUCUCUUUUCAUUCUUCCCUCUCUCUAUCUCAUGUCUUUCUUUCUCACUAUCCAUCUAUCUACUUUAACUCUCCCUCUUUCUCUCCCUUUCUCUCUCCCUCUCUCUCUCUCUCUCUCUCUGUGCAUCCUUUCUCUUUCUCUCUUUUUCCUCCCCCUCCCCCCUCUCUCUCUCUCUUUCUUUUGUCUUUUGACUUUCUUUUCCUCUUACUCGUGUUUGUCAUUUUCCAUUUUCUUCUUUCUUUUUCUCUUUUUUCUUUCUCUUUUUCAUGUUCACUUAUUUCUUUCUUUUUCUCGUUCGUUCUCCUUCGACGGUUUCCUUUAUUCCCAUCCGCGCCAUUUUUAUUUGAUUUCGCUUCUUUUCGUUAAGAAACCACCCACUCCCUAUACUUGCUUUCCUCCUCACACUCCCUUGACGACUCCCACCUUAAAUUGUCCCUGUCUCAACUGUCAUGACCAUUACCGACCCCCACCCCCCUCACGGACGUUAUUGUUAAUUUCAUUCUCUUUUUCCAUCAUUUUUGUUGCCUCCAUCUCAAUUUCUUUUUCUUCUUCUUCUUCUUCGUCUUUUCCGCAUUUUUUCUUCCUUUUCUCCUUUCCUCUUCUUUUUGUUGUUGUUCUUCUUCUUAUUAUUUUUCCUAUUUAUUAUUAUUAUUAUUAUUAUUAUUAUUAUUAUUUCUCAAUUUUUUUAUUCAUUUUUUAUUUGUUACAUAUUUUUUCUUUCAUUUUCUUGUUUCUUCUUACUCAAGCAGUUGUUUAUGUUUUCUUUUUCCACAUCAUUGUUUUCGUUAUUCUUCUUCUUCUUCUUUAUCUUCUUCAUUAUUAUUAUUAUUAUUAUUAUUAUUAUUAUUAUUAUUUAUCCAUUCUUAUAAUGUCUAUUCUAUAUCUCGCCUCUUCGUCUUCUUGUUCAUUUCCGCUUCUUAUUUUUUUCCUUCUUCUUCUUCUUCUUCCUCUUCUUCUUCUUCUUCUUCUUCUUCUUCUUCUUCUUCUUAUUAUUAUUAUUAUUAUUAUUAUUAUUAUUAUAUUUACCCAUUCUUAUAACGUCUAUUCGAUAUCUUCUUUCUCCGUCUAUUCAUCUUCCUUCUUGUGCUAG